UCGGGCAGAUGUUUGGGAUCCAGGACUCGCUGCCCCCCCGCGGCUCGGGCCUGAAGGAGGAGCCGCUGUCCGUGCGCUCCUGGAUGAGCUCCUCCGGCCUGCUGGACGCUAACACCGCCGCGCAGAGCGGGGUGGGGUUAGCCCGCGCUCACUUUGAGAAGCAGCCCCCGUCCAACCUGAGGAAAUCCAACUUCUUCCACUUCGUGUUGGCGCUGUACGAUCGCCAGGGGCAACCGGUGGAGAUCGAGAGGACGUCCUACCUCGACUUCGUGGAGAAGGACAAGGAGCCGGGCGGAGAGAAGACCAACAACGGCAUCCAUUACAAACUGCAGCUGCUCUUCAGCAACGGUGUGAGGACGGAGCAGGACCUGUACGUCCGGCUGAUCGACUCCAUGACCAAACAGGCCAUCAUAUACGAAGGUCAGGACAAGAACCCGGAGAUGUGUCGGGUUCUGCUGACUCAUGAGAUCAUGUGCAGUCGCUGCUGCGAUAAGAAGAGCUGCGGGAACAGAAACGAGACGCCGUCAGACCCCGUCAUCAUCGACAGGUUCUUCCUUAAGUUCUUCCUCAAGUGUAACCAGAACUGUCUGAAGAACGCCGGGAACCCCCGAGACAUGAGGAGGUUCCAGGUGGUUGUCUCUACCACGGUGAAUGUUGACGGACAUGUCCUCGCCGUCUCCGACAACAUGUUCGUUCACAACAACUCCAAACAUGGCCGCCGCGCCCGGAGGCUGGACCCGUCUGAAGCAGCCACCCCCUGCAUUAAGGCGAUCAGCCCGUCUGAAGGCUGGACGACGGGAGGAGCCACAGUGAUUCUGAUCGGGGACAACUUCUUCGACGGGCUGCAGGUGGUGUUCGGCACCAUGCUGGUGUGGAGCGAGCUCAUCACCCCCCAUGCUAUCCGGGUGCAGACGCCCCCCCGCCACAUCCCAGGGGUCGUGGAGGUCACGCUGUCCUACAAGUCCAAACAGUUCUGCAAGGGAGCGCCGGGACGCUUCGUCUACACAGCUCUGAACGAGCCGACCAUCGACUACGGCUUCCAGAGGUUACAAAAGGUCAUCCCCCGUCACCCUGGAGACCCCGAGAGACUGCCCAAG